AUGACCCAGUCCAGGCCCCAGCCUGGGCCCAGACCUGCUCCCCAGUUCAGCUCCCUGCACAUGCUCCUGCCAAGGCCCAGACCUUCUCCUCAGGCCAUCCCACUGAGCACACACCACCCCCAGGCCGAUACCUGCUCCCAAGGCCAUGCCCAUGAGCACACUUCCGCCAAGGCCCAGGCCUUUGCCCUAGUGCACCCCACUGGGAACACUCCUGCCAAAGCCCAGACCUUCUCCUCCACCCACACCUCUGAGCACGCCCAACCUCAGGCCCAGACUUGCUCCACAUUCCACCCCCCUGAGCACACCACCCCCCCAGCUCAGACCCCCUACACAGCCCUCAACCCUGAGCACAGCCCUGCCCAGGUCCAUGGCCCUGAGCAUACCUCAGCCCAUACCCCAGCCCAGGCCCAAGCCCAGGCCCCCUCACAUACCUCAGCCCAAUUCCUGGGCCACACUUCUCUCUGCACCCUGACCCAUGCUCAUCUGACCUAUACCCAUGCUAACACUCUGGUCCCUCCCCAAACUUCUGCCCCUGCUACUACUCCUGCCCUCGCCCCUACACCAGCCCCUGUCCCGAUCUCUGCCACAACCUCUGUCCCAGCACUGGUCAUGGCCCUGACGACCACUCCAGUCCCUUCCACCACCCAUACCCCCAUCCUAGAUUCUAUUCCCUCUACCUUGUCUGCCUUCAGCCAAGGCCUUUCCACUGGCCAUGUGGUCUAAGAUGCCCGCAGUGUAAAGCAGAACUUAUUCCAUGUGUGUCCCCCUCAGAACUCUGGGUACUCCAGAAAUGACUUGGGUACCCUCUCCAGGCCCCAAGAGGGGCAUGGCCUGGUGAGCUCUGGUACAGCUGAGCAAACACUGAAGCAAUGUAGUGGGGACAGUGCCAAGCCUUCCACAGGACCCAUAUUGGGUUACGUGGAGUUGGGGAAUAUGGAAUGGAUCUCAAAUGGUGCCAAAGACAAAUUUGUACAGUCCAAGACCUUCCCUUACUGUAGCUUCCAUCCUUGCAGGUCUGAGAAGAGAAACACGGACCUCCAGACUCCAGUGUACCCCAAAUUCCUAAUGUACUCCAAGGAUGAUGCACCUUCUCAACCUUGCUUCUAUUCUCCAACCAGUGCCCAGAGCUCACCAUGCACCAUGCCUCCACCAUGCACUCUUUCUCUGCCUCUUGUUUCUCCCAGAUCCUUUGUCCUUCAUCAACACAGCAACCACCAGGAGCCCUCCACGUUAAUAGAACCCCCGACCUUUCCCCCAACCUCCAAGUCUCCUCAGUCUGUCCUCUCUCCGCAGGUUCCCAUCCCUCCCCAGUUAUCCACUACUUCCCAAACCCCAAACAAGCCACAACCCGCUGAACUUCAUGAGGGUCUAGGCCUCAACCAAGGCUCUGUCCUCCAAAGCGCCACAGGCUCUUCAAAAGGCUGUAGAGUUUCCAGAAAAUCAAGCCUUACCCCAAAUCCAGUCCUCCACAAGAGCCAAGACCUUAUCCAAGACCCAGGCCUCCACAAGAACCUAGGCCUUACCCGAGACCGAGGCAGCCCCAAGAACCCAGGCCUUGCUCAAGAUCCAGGCCUCCGCAAGCUUCGAGGCCUUACCCAAGACUCUUACCUCUGCAAGAAUCCAAGCCUUUCCCAAGACUCUGAACUUCAGAAGAACCCAGUCAUUACCCAAGAUUCUGGCUCCCAGAAGGUCUUAGGUUCUACUCUACAUGGACGUUUGUUUAAAAGGCAGUAUCACACCCAACCCUCUGGUCUCCACAAGAACACAUCAUUUCUCCAAAUUCCUUACAUUCAGAGGAGCUCAGGCUAUAUGCAUGAUUCUGGAGUCUAUAGGAAUCUAGAGCAAAACCAAGAGACUGUACUCUAUAAAAGUCAAGGCCUUUCCCAAAAAACUCACUUCCAUAAUAGCCCACACCCUUCUCAAGACUCUGGAUGUGGCAAGAGUACAGGUAAUGCCCAAGAUUCAGGAGUCUCUGGGAGUCCAGACUUUACCCAAAACUCUGGGCCACAGAAGAGUCCAUACAUUGCCCAAGACUCUGCAAUCAACAAGAGCUCAGUCCUUUGCCAGGAAUCUAGUCUCCGUAAGAACCCAGGCCUUGUGCAAACCCCUCACAUCUAUAAGGGCUCAAGACCUACCCAAGACUCAGGAGACUACAAGAAUCCAGGUCUGACCCAAGAUUCUGGUGUCUGCAGAAGCCAAGGCCUUACUCAAGAUUCUGACCUCCAUAAGAAUCCAGGCCUUACCCAAGAUGCUGGAAUUUACAGGAGCUCAGAACAUACCCAUGACCCUAACUUCCACAAGUACUCAGGAAUUAAUUGAGAUCCUGGCCCCCAUAAGGGUCCAGCCCUUACUCAAGACUCUGGCUUACCCAAGAGACCAGGCCUCCAUAACAACUCAGGCCUUAGCCCAAACCCUGGCCUCCACAAGAACUCUCUGGGAACUGACUCUGUCCAAGUUUUGGGCCCACAUCAGACCCAAAAGUCAUUUGUAUCUGAGACAGUUCCUCGAAAGAAGGAUGCAGGGCAGCACAUACCAUGGACUUCUGUCCCACCCAGUCACAACUCCUGCUCUGCCAAGGCUCAGGGGGGCUACAAUGACCUGCUAACCUCCUCGCAGCGAACAGGCAGCCAAGAAUGGGUGUACCACCGCAUGGAUACAGUUCCUCCAGCCUGA